GGGCUUCUUCUAUACGGUUAAAAUCAUUGGGAGUUUUGCCACUGAUACAAUGGCAAUAAGAUCAGAGACCUCAGACAGAAAUAAGGAAAAUGGAUUGCAAAUGCCGAACCUAUGCAAAUUUUGUGACAUUAAAGUAACAACCUGCUCAAACCAACAUCAGUGCAAGAGCAACUGCAACAUCACUGCUAUCUGUGAGAAGAACAAUGAAGUCUGUGUUGCUAUAUGGAGACAAAAUGAUGAAAAUGUGACAUUAGAAACAAUAUGCCAUGAUCCCCAGAAAACACUCUAUGGUCACGUGUUGGAUGAAUCCAGCUCAGAGCAGUGUUUGAUGAGGGAAAAGAAGGAAGAUGGGGGAUUGAUGUUCAUGUGUUCCUGUACAGGUGAAGAAUGCAAUGAUAUGCUCAUUUUUCCAUCAGAAUAUGACCCUCAUAAGCCAGAGGAGAAAGAUGAAAUUUCCAAAGUCACAAUCAUAAGUCUUGUCCCAUUACUAGUGAUUUCUGUUGCUGUGAUUGUUAUCUUUUAUGCCUACCGCACUCAUAAGAAAAGGAAACUCAACAAGGCAUGGGAGAAGAAUGUUAAGCCCAGGAAACAUAAGGACUGCAGUGAUGUUUGUGCCAUUAUGUUAGAUGAUGACCGCUCAGACAUCAGCUCUACCUGUGCCAACAACAUCAACCACAACACAGAAUUGCUGCCCAUUGAAUUGGACGUUGUUGUUGGCAAAGGAAGGUUUGCUGAAGUGUAUAAAGCCAAAUUGAAGCAAAACACAUCGGAGCAGUAUGAAACUGUGGCAGUCAAGAUUUUCCCCUAUGAAGAAUAUGCUUCCUGGAAAACUGAGAAAGACAUUUUUUCAGAUGUAAACCUCAAGCAUGAGAACAUUCUCCAGUUCCUGACAGCAGAAGAGCGUAAGACAGAUCUUGGUAAACAGUAUUGGCUGAUCACUGCCUUCCAUGCAAGAGGAAACUUGCAGGAAUAUCUUACACGGCACAUCAUCAGCUGGGAGGACCUUUGGAAACUGGGUGGGUCCUUGGCCCGAGGGGUUGCCCAUCUGCAUAGUGAUCACACACCCUGUGGUCGCCCCAAAACACCUAUCGUGCACAGGGAUCUAAAGAGUUCCAACAUCCUGGUGAAAAAUGAUUUAACCUGCUGUCUCUGUGACUUUGGGUUAUCCUUGAGGCUGGACCCUUCUCUGUCUGUGGAUGACUUGGCUAACAGUGGGCAGGUUGGCACAGCAAGGUACAUGGCCCCUGAGGUUCUAGAGUCCAGGAUGAACCUGGAGAAUGUUGAGUCCUUCAAGCAAACAGAUGUGUACUCCAUGGCUUUGGUCCUCUGGGAAAUGACAUCUCGCUGUAACGGUGUUGGAGAAGUGAAAGAGUAUGAGCCCCCGUUUGGCUCUAAAGUGCGAGAACACCCUUGCGUGGAAAGCAUGAAGGACAAUGUCCUAAGAGACAGAGGGCGACCCGAGAUCCCCAGCUCCUGGCUUAACCAUCAG